AUGACAUCAACUGAACAAGCUUCACAUAAAAUAUUAUCAGAUAAAGCAGCAUUAAUUCCAUCAUUUUUAAAAACAAAAGGACUCUUCAAUCAGCACAUUGCAAGUUUCAAUUAUUUUGUUGAUGUUGAAAUCAAAAAUAUUGUAAAGGCAAACGAUAAAAUUACAAGUGAUGCAAAUCCAGUCUUUUAUCUCAAAUAUAACGACAUUAACGUUGGAAUGCCAUCAAGCGAAGAAGGAUUUAACAUAAUCAACGAAAAAAUAACUCCACACGAAUGUCGACUUCGAGAUAUGACAUAUUCUGCCCCAAUAUACGUUAAUGUGGAAUAUACAAGGGGAAAUCAGCGAGUUGUAAGCAAAAAUAUUGUUAUUGGAAGAAUGCCUAUAAUGCUACGUUCUUCUCGUUGUGUUCUUUCAAAACUUUCUACUGAAGAGGAAAUGGCUCAUGCGAGUGAAUGCCCUUAUGAUCCUGGCGGUUAUUUUGUUGUGAGGGGGUCGGAGAAAGUUGUUUUAAUGCAUGAGCAAAUCUCAAGAAAUCGAAUAAUGAUUAACAGAAAUUCAAAAAAAGAACUUAUUUGUGAAGUUUUAAGUACUAGUCAAGACAGAAAAAGCAAAACUUAUAUUAUUGGAAAGAAGGGACGUUAUUACUUAAAACACAAUCAAUUGGCAGAUGAUAUACCUGUUGUUAUUAUUUUUAAGGCAAUGGGAUAUGAAUCUGAUCACUUGAUUGCAACAACUGUUGGAAUCGAAGAAGAAUACGUCGCAGCAAUAGGUCCAACAAUUGAUGAAUGUGCUCUUCUCAAUAUAAUUUCGCGUGCCGAUGCCAUAAAAUAUUUAAUUCCACGAAUAAGAAGAAAAACGUUUGGCUCUAUUGGAGUUCGAGUUUCUCAAGAACAUGACGUUUUGGAUUUUUUAAGUAAUUCAAUGAUAUGUCAUAUUCUUUCGCCUGAAGGGAAUAUGAAAAUGAAAGCAAUUUAUAUUGGAUUAAUGAUUAGGAGACUUAUACAAGCAGAAAAAGGCAUUUGUGAUGCCGAUGAUCGGGAUUUUUAUGGUAACAAAAGAAUAGAACUUGCUGGUUCUCUUUUGGCUUUAUUAUUUGAAGAUUUGUUUAAAAGAUUUAAUGGUGAAUUAAAACGAAUAACAGACAGCCAUUUGGGUAAAAAUUUGGCAGCUCCUCUUGAUAUUGUUAGACACAUGAGACAAGAUUUAAUUACAAAUGGAUUAAUAAAUGCUUUAGCAACUGGAAAUUGGACUAUUAGACGUUUUGGAAUGGAACGCCAAGGUGUUACUCAAGUUUUAAGCCGUCUUUCUUACAUUAGCGUUUUGGGUAUGAUGACAAGAAUAAAUUCAACAUUUGAAAAGACAAGAAAAGUUUCUGGACCUCGUUCACUUCAGUCUUCACAAUGGGGAAUAAUUUGUCCAGCAGAUACACCCGAAGGAGAAUCUUGUGGUUUAGUAAAGAAUUUGGCACUUUUAAGCCAUAUAACUACAGAUAGCGAUGAAACGCCGAUACUUGGUUUAUUAUACAAUUGUGGAGUUCAAGAUUUACGUUCAUUAAAAUUUAAUGUUAUUCAUAAUCCAGCUUAUAGUCUUAUAUUUUUAAAUGGUUCUGUUGUUGGAAUAACUGAUGAUAUUGAAAAUAUUUUGUCUACAAUUAAGAUGAUGAGAAGAAAAGGGUUUUUAAAUCCAUUUGUUUCUGUCAGUAAAAAUGCAAAUUCAAUUCAUUUGGCUUCUGAUGGAGGUAGAUUGUGUCGACCUUAUAUAAUUGUUGAAAAUGGUGUUCCUUUGCUUAAACAAUCACAAAUUGAGGCUGUAAAGAAUGGAACAAAAACUUUCGACAAUUUAAUAUCCGAAGGCGUUUUAGAGUUUUUAGAUGUAAAUGAAAUUAAUAAUGCUAGAAUUUCCGUUUAUGAGCAUCAAAUUAUUUCACAGACAACACACCUUGAGAUUGAGCCUUUCACUUUAUUGGGGGUUGUGGCAGGCCUUAUUCCCUAUCCACAUCACAAUCAAAGUCCAAGAAAUACUUAUCAAUGCGCUAUGGGUAAACAAGCAAUGGGAAGUUGUGGCUAUAACCAACAGAAAAGGAUUGAUACGUUAAUGUAUUUAUUGGUUUAUCCUCACAAACCUUUAGUCAAAACUAAAACACUCGAAUUAUCCAAUUUUGAAAAAUUACCAGCUGGUCAAAAUGCUAUUGUUGCUGUAAUGUCUUUUAGUGGUUAUGACAUUGAGGAUGCAUUAGUUUUAAAUAAAGCUUCUCUUGAUAGAGGAUUUGGCCGUUGUAUGGUUUAUCGUUUUGCUAAAGGAAAUGCUCGAAAAUAUCCAAAUCAAACUUAUGACAAAUUUAUGGGCCCUUCACUAGAUGCUGUAAGCAGAAAACCAAUUUUCAGGCAUUCAGUUCUUGAUAAUGAAGGAAUUGUUUUUACUGGUGCAAAAGUUAUGCCAAGACAGGUUCUAAUUAACAAAUAUAUGCCUGUAGUUCAAAGCGACACAAUACCUACGGCAGGUGCUACUGGUUUCAACCAUAAUUUUGAGACUAAAGAUGUAUCAAUACAAUAUCGUGGAAGUAUGAAUGCAGUUAUUGAAAGAGUUCUUUUGACAUGUAACGAAGAAGAACAAUAUUUAGUUAAAGUAUUGAUUGCCCAAUGCAGAAGACCAGAAUUGGGUGAUAAAUUUAGCAGUCGACACGGUCAAAAGGGAGUCUGUGGACUUAUUUCACCACAACAAGACAUGCCUUUUGAUCAGAAUGGAACUGUCCCAGAUCUAAUUAUGAAUCCUCAUGGUUAUCCAAGUCGUAUGACUGUUGGUAAAUUAAUGGAAUUAUUAAGUGGAAAGAAUGCUUUAAUGGGAGAGCCACGUCAAUGGCGUUUACAUUAUGGAACAGCUUUUGGUGGUGAUGAUGUAAAAUCUGUAAGCCAAAACCUUGCAAAUUUUGGUUAUAAUUUUCUUGGAAAAGAUAUGUUAACAUCUGGAAUUACUGGUCAACAAAUGUCUGCAUAUAUCUAUUUUGGACCAAUUUAUUAUCAAAAAUUAAAGCAUAUGGUGAUAGAUAAAAUGCAUGCUAGAUCGAAAGGACCAAGAGCAGUUCUUACAAGACAACCAACUGAAGGAAGGGCGAGAGAAGGCGGUUUACGACUUGGUGAAAUGGAACGCGAUUGUUUAAUUGCUUAUGGAUCUUCAAUGUUAUUAACUGAAAGAUUAAUGGUUUCUUCAGAUCAAUUUGCGGUCGAAGUCUGUACAGAAUGUGGAUUAAUGGGUUAUGAUGGUUGGUGUCAAUAUUGCAAAAAAUCUUCAGCUUCUAUGGCUAAAAUUAAAAUUCCAUAUGCUUGUAAAUUACUAUUUCAAGAGCUUCAAAGUAUGAAUAUUGUGCCUCGUCUUCAAACAGCUAAAUAUACGGAUGUAAUACAAACAUAG